AUGCUCAUUACUGGCUCGUGACUUGUUCCAGACGAAGCCCACUGGUAAAGGGCCACCAUAGGUCUUUGUGUAUGUUACAUCUUGUAAAGCAUAAAGCGGCUGCGUGAUGACAUUGUUAAGAAUCAGUAACUGUUUCAUAAGGUACAAGCAUAGUUUGGUAGUCACAGGGUCCAAGCUCAACAAAGUAGCGUCCCAUAAACAUCAAAAGCAAGUAAAUUUUUUACAGAACGAAAGACUUCUUUCCAGACUUUACAGCGGAACCUCACAGUUUUUAUCAAGCCAUGUUAAAGAAGAUGUUGCUGCCAGCGGAACACCCUAUUCUGAGCUUACAGUUUCUGUACCAAGAGAAGUUCAUCCGGAUGAAAGAAGAGUUGCUUUGUCGCCACAAGCAUGCAAAGCUCUCAUAGAUAAGGGCUUCAAAGUGCUGGUUGAAGCAGGAGCAGGGUCGCUAGCUAAAUUUACAGAUCAAGAUUAUGCUAAUGUUGGAGCGACUUUAGUCAAUACAAAAGAUGCCUAUCUCGGUGACAUAGUGCUAAAGGUUAGAGCACCUGAGGAACAUCCGCACCUUGGUGUUCAUGAAGCUAGUUUGUUGAAAGAUGGCGGUAAUCUAGUUAGCUUUAUACAUCCAGCUCAGAAUAAAGAUUUAUUAGACAAGCUGUCAGAGAAGAAGCUUACAGUUUUGGCUAUGGACUGUGUACCAAGAAUAUCUCGUGCUCAGACAUUUGAUGCACUUAGCUCCAUGGCAAAUAUUGCUGGUUACAAAGCUGUUAUAGAGGCUGCCAAUCAAUUUGGUCGAUUUUUCACAGGUCAAAUAACUGCUGCUGGCAAAGUUCCUCCUGCAAAGAUCCUUGUUAUUGGUGGAGGUGUUGCUGGUCUUGCCGCUGUGGCCACAGCAAAGAACAUGGGUGCAGUGGUGAGGGCUUUUGAUACCAGAGCUGCCGUUAAGGAACAGAUUGAAUCUCUUGGCGCUGAAUUUUUGGAAGUUAAAGGCGUAGAAGAAUCGGGCGAGGGGACCGGUGGAUAUGCCAAAGAAAUGUCACCGGAGUUCAUCAAAGCUGAGAUGGAGCUUUUUGCAAAGCAAGCUAAAGAUGUAGACAUAAUCAUCACCACCGCUCUAAUUCCUGGAAAACCUGCACCAAAAUUAAUAACUACUGAAAUGGUGGAAUCAAUGAAGCAGGGGUCUGUCAUUAUUGAUCUAGCUUCAGAAAUGGGUGGUAAUUGUGAGGUUACAAAACCUGGAGAAAUCUACAAUUACAAAGGUGUGCAGAUAAUUGGCUAUACAGACCUGCCGAGUCGACUGCCAACACAGUCAAGUACUUUGUAUGCCAACAAUAUCUCCAAGUUCCUGCUCUCAGCUGGACAAAAGGGCCAGUUUGGUAUUGACCAUGAGGAUGAAGUUGUCAGAGGUGCAUUGGUGUUGCAAGAUGGAAAUUUGAUGUGGCCUCCUCCGAAGGUAGCAGCACCCCCACCGCCCCCUGCACCAAAGUCCAAAGAAACCGUCAAACCCCCCGCAGCAUCACCUCUCAAAAAUGCUGUCAUUGAUAUAUCUCUCACCGGUGCUGGUUUGGCUUCUCUCAUUGGUCUAGGCAUUGCAGCUCCAAAUGCAGCCUUUAGUCAGAUGAUAACAACCUUCUCAUUAGCUGGUGUAAUAGGAUACAAAGUCGUGUGGGGUGUGACACCUGCGUUGCACUCACCUCUCAUGUCAGUAACAAAUGCCAUAUCUGGAAUAACAGCAGCGGGUGGUUUGCUGUUAAUGGGCGGUGGCUUCUUUCCAACAGCCACUCCGCAUUAUUUAGCUGCUUCUGCCGCACUAGUGUCCUCUAUCAAUAUCACUGGAGGCUUCAUUAUUACCAAGCGCAUGUUAGAUAUGUUCAAAAGACCAACCGAUCCACCAGAAUAUACUUUCCUUUACGGCGUUCCUGGUGCCCUUUUCGUCGGUGGCUACCUUGCUGGUAACGCAUACGGUUACCCUGAUAUCCAUCAAAUGGCAUACUUGGCCUCAUCCCUUUGUUGCAUUGGUGCACUUGGUGGUCUCUCAACACAAGGCAGUGCAAGAACAGGAAAUGCAUUAGGUAUCAUUGGUGUCAGCGGAGGUAUAGCGUCGACAAUUGGAUUUCUUUCUCCCUCGCAUGACGUCUUAACCCAAAUGGCCAUGACAAUGGGUAUCGGUGGGCUCAUUGGAGCCAUCGUUGCCCAAAGAGUAGCAAUAACAGAUCUUCCUCAAUUGGUUGCCGCUUUCCAUAGCUUUGUAGGAUUGGCGGCCGUGUUAACUGCCUUUUCUUCUUUUAUGAUUGAUCAAGCUCACUUCGCAACUGACCCUGCUGGCUCCGUACAUAAAACAGCAAUUUACUUCGGCACAUUCAUCGGAGGAAUAACAUUCACAGGGUCUCUUACAGCUUUCGGCAAACUACAGGGGCUACUGAAUUCAAAUGCGUUGAACCUUCCGGGCAAAAAUGCAUAUAACAUAUCGAUGGGACUUGCCAGUGUUGCAGCGCUAGGUGUAUUUAUGAACAGCUCUGACAUGGGUACAGGGAUGGCAAUGCUUGGAGCAGCUGCCGCUUUGUCAUCAGUCAUGGGAGUGCAUAUGACAGCUUCAAUUGGUGGUGCUGAUAUGCCUGUUGUUAUAACUGUUUUAAACAGCUACAGUGGUUGGGCACUGUGUGCUGAAGGCUUCAUGUUACAAAAUGAUCUUCUAACAAUCGUAGGAGCCCUUGUAGGUUUCUCCGGAGGAAUUCUUUCUUACAUCAUGUGCAAGGCUAUGAACCGCUCUUUGUCGAACGUGCUUUUUGGUGGCUAUGGUACUCUAAGCACAGGAGGUGGAGAAAGGAUGAAAAUAACAGGUACACACACCGAGGUGAAUGUUGAUGGCGCUGUAGAUACAAUUGUCAAUUCGCAGAAUAUUAUUAUUGUGCCCGGCUAUGGAUUAGCUGUGGCCAAAGCCCAGUAUGCAAUCGCUGAUAUGAUCAGUACUCUAAAGAAAAAUAACAUCAACGCAAGAUUUGGGAUCCACCCUGUAGCUGGCCGUAUGCCAGGGCAACUUAAUGUUUUGCUAGCUGAGGCUGGUAUUCCAUACGAUGUUGUCCUUGAAAUGGAUGAAAUUAAUGAUGACUUUCCGGAAACUGAUUUAACUUUGGUCAUUGGCGCUAAUGAUACUGUGAACUCAGCUGCACAGGAGGAUCCUAAUUCGAUCAUAGCUGGAAUGCCAGUGCUUGAAGUAUGGAAGUCAAAGCAGGUUAUUGUGAUGAAGAGAACCCUGGGAACUGGAUAUGCUGAUGUGGACAACCCAAUAUUUUAUAAAGAAAACACAUCCAUGUUGCUUGGUGAUGCCAAAUCGACUUGUGAUGCAUUAUUGGAAAAGAUAAGAGGCCAUUAUGAAAGCUAACCUCGUAUGAUUGUUUCAUGGUCCAGGUCUAUCUUGUCUUCUCAGUUUAUGAAAAUUUUAAAUGUGCAUGAAUUCUGUCGUGUGAUUAUUUUUGACAUAAAAUGAUAUUAAUGGUAGUA